CAGGCUGGGGAGGCAGCCGGGCGAGGCAGGCAGGCAGCGCCAUGGGGUCGCGCAGGGUCCUUGGGUGGGGCGUAGGGGGUCGGGCAGGGGGCGACAGUGAGGACGACGGGCCUGUGUGGACCCCCAGCCCGGCCAGCCGCAGCUACCUGCUCAGUGUGCGGCCCGAGACCAGCUUACCAAGCAGCCGGUUGUCUCACCCCAGCUCUGGAAGGAGCACCUUCUGCUCCAUCAUUGCGCAGCUCACAGAGGAGACGCAGCCGCUGUUCGAGACCACACUCAAGUCCAGGGCUGUGUCCGAGGACAGCGACGUCAGGUUCACCUGCAUCGUCACAGGGUACCCAGAGCCAGAGGUGACCUGGUACAAGGAUGACACAGAACUGGACCGCUACUGUGGCUUGCCUAAGUACGAGAUCACACACCAGGGCAACCGCCACACCCUGCAGCUGUACAGGUGUCGAGAAGAAGAUGCUGCCAUCUACCAGGCCUCUGCCCGGAACAGCAAGGGCAUUGUGUCCUGUUCGGGGGUCCUGGAGGUAGGGACCAUGACGGAGUACAAGAUCCACCAGCGCUGGUUCGCCAAGCUGAAGCGCAAGGCCGCAGCCAAGAUGCGGGAGUUGGAACAGAGCUGGCGGCAGGGGAAGGAGGCGCCUGGGGAGGCCGAGGCACUGCGCAAGCUCAGCCCCGACCGCUUCCAGCGCAAGAGGCGCCUGAGUGGACCCGGGGUGCCUGUCCCCUCGGCCCCGUUCCCACCCAGGGAGGCUAAGGAUGAGGCCCUGGAAGCGUGGCAGGAGGGCGAGACCGAGUCUGCUCAGCACCGCAGCUUGGGUCUGAUGAACAGCUUUGCUCCCGGUGAGGCUCCCACCAACGGGGAGCCUGUGCCAGAGAAUGGUGAGGACGGGGAGCACGGCUUGCUGACCUACAUCUGCGAGGCCAUGGAGCGGGGGCCGCCAAGAGCCCCCCAGAAGGAGUCCAGGGCUAAGAAGAAAAGGAAAGACGAGGAAGCCAAGCCGGGGCUAAAAACACCAGAGUCGGAGAAGGCAGCCCGAAGCCGCCACUCUGCAGAAAGCUGUGUCCCUUCAGACCAGCCUGCUCCCAGUGGGACACAGGGGCCCGUGGGCAUGGGGCAGGUCCAGGCCCCGCGCAGGGGCCGGGCAGCCUGGGCAGCUGGGUCCCCCGGGACGGAUAGUGUCAGGAAGUCAGCCCCGGCUGUGGGCACUCACGACGGGGCCCACAGUGCCCCUGCCCAAAGCCCUGCCCAGGCCCCAGCCACCACCCCAGCCCCGGGCCCAGGCCAGGAGGGGUAUUUCUCCCUGAAGGACAUGUAUAUGGAGAGCACCCUGGCGUCCAAGCCUCAGGGGCAGGGGGAGCCCCGGCCCCCUAGUGUCAGGGCACCUGCAGAGGGUACUCCUGGGAAGGCACCCAUCAGGUCCAGAGGUGCUGAGAUGCCCACCAGUCUUGGCCAGCACACCCCCUCCUUGGCCCUCCAGCCUGCUCGGCCUUUCAACAGGAAGAGAUUUGCCCCUCCAAAGCCCAAAGGGGAGCCCUGCGCCGACAGCCAGCCCCCCGCUUCCUUAAAUGGAGCCCCGGCUUGUGGGACCCAGAGCUCCGGGCAGGUCCCACCUCAAGCCUCUGCCCAGGUGCCCACACCUCCUGCCCGCCGGAAGCAUAGUUCGAGGGACAGCCCUGUGCAGGGGCGAGCCGGCCACAGGCCUCCGCCAGAGGAGCCCCAGGCAACCAAGGCUCCCACCAUAUCUGCCAGCAGCAGCUGCGGAAGUCAAGGUGUUGUUGAGCCCAUGGAUACUGAAACCCAGGAGGACAGGAGGAGAAGCACCGACGACCGGAGAACCAGAGGCGGGAAGAGCGCACAGGUGCAGGCGGCAGGGAGGACCGAGGGCGAGGGGGCACACGUGGCCCAGAGGACACAGGUGGACGUUGUGACACAGGAAAGUGAGAGCUCGCAGCCAGACGGGAGUUCACAGAAGGAUGUGGUGAUGCAGGGAGGAGUGGAAAGCCAGGUAGAAAGGGUACCGGAGGAUGAGCGGACGCAGGAAGACAAGAGGACGCGGGAAGGAGAGGGGACGGAGCCAGCUACAGAAGGUCACCCAGAGCAGCAGUCUGCAGCCCACCUCAGCCCACCGCCCAGAGCCGUGGGGCCCCGGCCGUCAGAGGGUCCCGGGUCUCCUGAGAUUGCUGAAUGUUCAGCGCAGACCCCAGAAGCAUCUGCUGCCCCAGAGAAACCCAGUUUUGUGCUCAGAUCUGAGGAGACAUCAGUAAGCACCUCCAGGGGUCAUGAGGACACUGUCCUGGGUCCCCCGCCAGUAAGCUUCAUAUGCCCAGCACAGCUGCGCCCAGAGGGGAGCCCAGGGCAUGGGGCAGGAGAGGGGCUUCCAGAGCCGGAGGAGUCAGGCCCAGCCAAGGCUGAGCAGGAGGAGCCGCCGGGAACCGUGCCAUGUGUUGCCCUGGGUGGCUGCCCCCCAGCUGGCCCGAGCCUGGAGGUACCCAUCAAGCCCUGCUUUCCUGGGCCCGGCCUGACCAAUAGCCCAGAGGAGGGGCUGCCAAGCACCCCGGCCCCUCAGCCCACAGCCACAGCCGGGAAGCAGGACGGGCUCAGUUCUGUCCCCACCUUGCACCUGGGGCCAGAGCACCGCAUACAGAGUCCCCUGCCAGAGACUGUGGCCACCAGCAGCGAGGGGGCCUGUGCCAAGGGGCCUGAUGCAGAGGGGAGGCUCCCGGGGGCCCGGAGCUGCGACCCCGGCCUCAUUGACUCCCUGAAAAACUACCUGCUUCUCCUGCUGAAGCUCUCCAGCACAGAAGCCAGCGGGGCAGUGACCGAGUCCCCAGCAGCGGCUGCUGCAGCGGGCACAGCACUGUCCCCACCUCUGGCGCCCACUGUGGAAGUGGCAGGGCUGAGUCCCCGGACAUCUCGGCGCAUCCUGGAGCGUGUGGAGAAUGACCACCUGGUGCAGAGCGCACAGACCCUGCUGCUGAGCCCCUGCACCUCGAGGCGGCUCACUGGCCUUCUAGACCAAGAGGUGCAGGCUGGUCGCCAGGCUCUGGCCGUUGCCCAGGCUGCCCGGGGCCCCGGGCCCAGCCCUCUUGCGGUUCCUGCCAUUGUGGUGGGAGAGGAGGGCCCCGAGGUGGCCUCAGAGGGCUCCCUCGGGGGGCCUGACCUCCAGGGCGGGCAGGCAGCAGAGAGGAGGGCUCACAAGCCCGGCCAGGAGGAGGCAGUCCCAGGGGAGGCUCUGCCGGGGCUCCCCGCAGCUACCCCUGAGGAACUGGCUCUGGGGGCCCGGAGGAAGAGAUUUGUUCCUAAGGUCAGAGCAGCGGGAGAUGGGGAGGUGGCCAAGUCUGAGGAAAGGGAAAGCCCCUCUGUUUCUCCUAGGGGCUCCAGGAAGAACCUGGCAUCAGGGUCCCCUGGGACUCCAGGGAGGGAGAAGCGCUCCCCUACCCAGGGCAGAAAGGCCACACUGGAGGUGCCCCGGGCAGAGGAGGAGCCGGUGGCAGGACAGCUGGGCUCCAGCCCCAAGGCCGGAGGUCCGGACGCAGAGUCUGCCCUGGAUGAAGACACGCAGGAUACCUCAGCAAAGCCUCGGAAAGCCAAAGACCUGCUCAAAGCCCCUCAGGUGAUCCGGAAGAUCCGCGUGGAGCAGUUCCCCGAUGCCUCCGGUAGCCUGAAGCUCUGGUGCCAGUUCUUCAACAUCCUCAGUGACUCAGUCCUGACUUGGGCCAAGGACCAGCGCCCGGUGGGCGAGGUGGGCAGGAGUGCAGGGGAUGAGGGGCCGGCGGCCCUGGCCAUCGUGCAGGCGGCCCCCGUGGACUGCGGCGUGUACCGGUGUACCAUCCACAAUGAGCAUGGUUCGGCCUCCACUGACUUCUGCCUCAGCCCUGAGGUGUUGUCUGGGUUCGUCUCCCGGGAAGAAGGUGAAGUUGGAGAAGAGAUUGAGAUGACCCCCAUGGUGUUUGCCAAGGGUCUGGCUGACUCUGGCUGCUGGGGGGACAAGCUCUUUGGGCGACUGGUGAGCGAGGAGCUCCGAGGGGGUGGACACGGGGGUGGCCUGCGGAAGGCCUCCCAGGCCAAGGUCAUCUACGGGCUGGAGCCCAUCUUCGAGUCGGGCCGCACGUGCAUCAUCAAGGUGUGCAGCCCACUUGUGUUCGGGCCCAGCGGCGAGACUUCCCUCCUGGGCAGAAACUACGACGUCACCAUCCAGGGUUGCAAGAUCCAGAACAUGAGCCGGGAGUACUGCAAAAUCUUUGCAGCGGAAGCCCGGGCAGCCCCCCGCUUCGGGGAGGUGCCUGAGAUCAUCCCUCUCUAUCUGAUCUACCGGCCUGCCAACACCAUCCCAUACGCCACCCUGGAGGAGGACCUGGGGAAGUCCCUGCAGUCCUACUGCUCCCGGGAAGUGGGCUGCACCGGAGCGCCAGCGGCACCCAGCAGUUCUGAGGUUGUGCAGAAAUGCCAGGCCUUCCAGCACUGGCUGUACCAGUGGACAAAUGGCAGCUUCCUCGUCACAGAUUUGGCAGGAGUUGACUGGAAGAUGACCGAUGUGCAGAUUGCUACCAAGCUGCGAGGAUACCAAGGCCUCAAGGAGAGCUGCUUCCCGGCCCUGCUGGACCACUUCGCCUGCUCCCACCAGUGCAACACCUACUGCGAGAUGCUGGGGCUCACGGCCCUCAAAGGCCCCGAGGCUGCCCAUCCCCAAGCCAAGCCCAAAGGCUCCAAGAGUCCAUCAGCUGGUAGGAAAGGUGCCCAGCUGAGUCCACAGCCCCAGAAGAAAGGCCCCCCUAGUCCUCAGGGCGCCCGGAGGAGCACUGCAAGCCCCAGGGCCACCUCCCAGGCCUCAGAGACAACUGCUGUCCAGGUACUGGGGCAACCUCCCUCCCAAGAGGGGGGCUCCAAGGCCCAGCGGUAGCCCCAGCAGGGGCUGGGGGCCUCCGCCCAGCAGCAGACCAACCAGGAAGCAGCUUGAACCACAGAUGUUCUCAAGAUGGCACCAGCGGAGAAGGUGCCCUGAACGAGCAUCCUCUCCUCCGUCAGCACCUCCUCUGACGGCUUUGGCUAUGGCACACAGCCACCAGCCUCUCCUGGUGCCAUCGUCACCCAGGGUUCCCAGGCCUCAAGCAGGCCCCACCUCCAAGUGCCUGGCGGCCUUGACCUCCUAGAAGUUUACAUUCACCACUGCUGGAGGCUCCCCGAGUCCUCUGCGUGUGUUCUCCCCUCAGCCCCUACCCAGCCAGACGCGGCAGCCAGCGCUGCCGUCCGGGGCCCAUGUCAUUCUGUCCCCUGCUUGACCCCGCCCUCUUCCUGUUUUCAGGGCUUCAGACUCCUCUGUGGGGUCUGGCUUGUGACUCUCAGGGUGACUUCUUCCAGCUACUUGCCACAUCCAUCCCAGCUAUCCUGCGCCUAACCUGUCCUCGAGCCGAGGUGGGGUGCAGGGCCCUUCCGGAGCCUGUCGUGUCCCUGGGCAUGGGUCUCUGAUGAUGCGUGUUCCUGCAGGCCUGUCCAUCACUGUCACUCCGGCCCUUGCUCUGCUGCUUUGAGUCCCCGCAGUCUGCCCUUCCCACUCUGCUUGUCCCUGUGCCUGGGCUUGCCUGGCCCUGGCCUGCACAGUGCCCACCAGUGCCUCUGCCUUACUCCCCCGGCUCUCGUCCCUGCCUGUCCCCGGCUUUCUGCUCUUGAGCUCCAGCUGGCACGACAUUGUUAGAGGGAGGGCAUUGACUUUGAGGGACCUUGUGCUCCAUCCUGGAAAGAGGGGGUCAUGCUGAAUUUCACGGCCUCCUCACAGAGGGAUGGAGGGCUGGGACUCUCCCUUGUGGGGGUCCUAGGAAGGACUCAACCCAGUCAGUUUUGAGCGUGGGAAGGGGGACCCCUGCCUCCAACCAUUCAGUCCUGAUCUUGGGCACCAGUACUGGGCUCCCCCAGAUGGGCUCCUGAGGAUUUUCUGUGCAUCAGCUGGUGCCCUGGGUCCUUCCUGGAUAUCCCUCCCUGAGACCUGCUGUGGACAGUCUGGAGUUAGCUUGCUCCCCUUGGAAUGCAAUAAAAGCAGUGACCGUGUG